AUGGCCUCGGUACAGCAGAAAGCGCAAUGCGUUUGGACGCUCCCACCGGCGACAUCGAACUCCGAUAAACCGCUCGCUGUCGCUCUUGCUACAUAUCCGGUUCAGGAGGCACUAGUCUCGUUCUUGACACCCGACGAUCUCGUCGUUCUUACCCUGAUCUCGCAGGCUUUCCAUAAGCACAUUCGUAUGGACGACGCCAAUGCAAAGGCCAAUCUUCUCUCCAAAACUCUGUGUCCAGGAAUUGGUUGCUUUGCUCGGGCAAUCAGCCAUUGCAUCUGCUCAGUAAAAACGUUCGAACCCAUAGUUCACUGUGCUGGACUCGGCUUCGCGACAGAAUCUCGCCCAUGUGCGAAGUGCGGAGUCAACACCUGCGACGAAUGCCGGAUACAUGUUCUCUAUAACUUCCUCACAGAAGACUCUGGAUUUGACCAGCGUCGCUGGUGGGCAGGCUUCUGCUUUCUCCAGCCUGAAGCCAUCGCUGUGUAUCCACUCAAGAACUCGGAAGAAGAUGCUUGGCAUCUACCUAUCAAAGACAUGAAACCUCUGCAUGACCAAGGCCGUACUCAUAUUCCCCUGAAUAUUAUUGCCAUUGGCGACCCUGAGCCCUUUCAGCGCAUUCUCGACCUUGACUUGGGCACCCACCAAUUCAUCGAGCCUAUUGGUCGCACAGAAUACCCAUACUCUGGCGUUCAAAUUGUCUCGUUGCUCAACAUGAUUGUCAACAAGCGCAAAGAUUUGACUUGUCCUUCGUGUUACCGAGAACGCCGGAAGAAAGGCCUAGCGCGAUGUUCUUGUAGCCUACGCAAGCGCUUUCUACACCGGUGGCUGUGUGCGGCCUGUUACACCCAAGAAGACCGUGCAGAUGAAGAUCUACGCUGCCAUGCUCCAAUAGCAGACGAGAUAGGGGAGGGUCACAGUCAUGUAUGCGGCUGUGGUGCGGAGUUCACAUCGGAAGCUGAACCGAAAGUUGUGUGCAAUUGGUGCAAAGGAGAAGUUCAAGGGCCUCAGCAAGGUGCCGAGAACGAUGUCGCUAGUGAGAAUGGCGAAGACAUCAGCAACGACGAGGAAGAAGGGGGAGGAGAAGGGGAAAACUACCCUGACGAGGAUCAUUCGGCUGCUGACUUCGCGCAUGUGCCACAGGACGAUUUUGGCUUCGUUGAGAACCAUGACCAUUCUCUUUCGGUAUACGUGAACGGAGAGUGUAUCCGCGGCGAACGUCUUGGUCGUAAUCGUAUCGCUGACCAUACUCACGCGGAAGAUGAAGAAGACAGGGACGAUACAGACGAGGCUACAGAAGAUGACGAUAGCAGUGAAGAUGAAAACUUACCUGACCUGGAGGAAGUUGAGUCCGCGGCUGGCUUCGAAGAUCAGUGGGGACUAGACUGA